AAAGGGAUCAUGUCCCGACGUGCACUGCGGGAGGAAUCCAAAAUGGCGCUGAAAAAUUCGCGAGGAGGCGGACGGCGUGGGAAGAACAAGAAAACUAAGGUCUCUCUCGUGUUCGACGAGGAUGCGAGAAGAGAGUACCUGACUGGAUUCAAAAAGAGGAAGGACGCUCGGAGAAAAAAGGCAAAAGAGGAGUUUGACAAUAGGAUGAAAAAUGAAUUGAAAAGGAUAAAGGCAAAGAAGAAGCAAUGGUUGGAGGAAAGGAUGGUUCAGGUCCCCAAACUACCAGAUUUAGAUGACUUGGAGACUGAACAGAAGGUGAUAGAACAUCCAGGCCACACUGUUACUGUGACUACAAUAGCAGACUUGGACUUGGCUGACCAAGGAGGGCUCAGCCUGGGAACCAACAAGAUUGAUUAUGCAGAAGACACUGCGGUCAAAUCUCCUGUGAACAGUAGCAAUUCUGACGUGUCUGAGGAAGAAAAGGACCAAGAACAGUCACCUUCAGAACAAAGAACUGGGAAGAACCCCAAGAAAUGGAAAUUCAAAGCACCAGUCAUGUCUGGCAGUAAGAAACACCUAAAGAAAAGACCACAUCAUAAGAUUGAUGCCAGGAGCAAGGCCAAGUUCAAACACAAAAAGGGUGGGAAGCUUUCCAAGAAGCAGAGGAGAAAAUCUGCCAAAGGACAGACAAGGGACUGACAUGUGUUAAACUUUACUUAAUGGGGACCAAUCUUCUAGGCUGUUGCUUUGAAUAAAGAGAUUUAUACACGA